CGUCAACGUCAACGCCCGCCCCUCCUCAAGAAAUCAAAAUCCAACAUGCCGGGAGUACGAGAUAUUGGCGCGGACGCCUUCAUCACCGCAUACGCUUCACAUCUAAAGCGUUCUGGAAAACUCGAGGUACCAACAUGGGUUGAUCUCGUAAAGACUGGCUCUUUCAAGGAACUUGCUCCUUAUGAUCCUGACUGGUACUAUGUUCGCGCAGCUGCUGUCGCACGGCACAUAUACCUCCGCAAAGAGGUCGGUAUCGGCGCUUUGACAAAACUCCACGGCGGCCGCAACAGGCGCGGCAAUCGUCCUUCACACCACGCCGACUCCUCCGCAUCCGUGCAGCGAAAGAUUUGCCAAUCAUUGGAGAAGAUUGGCGUGCUAGAAAAAUCAGACAAUGGGGGCCGUAAGAUCUCUCAGGAUGGGCAACGGGAUUUGGACCGAAUUGCUACUGCUGUGGUCGAGGCGGCCAAGGAGGAGGAAUCUGACGAAGAGGAGGAGGAGGAAGGUGAAGAGGAGGAGGAAGAGGAGUAGAUGUGUCACGACGUUGUGCGCAAUCCACUACACCCAUCACCUGGGCCGACGCCUGCUAUCUACCAUCGUCGCUCACGUAUGAUCCCCCAGCAUGUUUUUUAAUCUUCAUGGUAUGCCGCAUGCUCAUUAAAACAUUUCUCUCUCU